GUUCUGCUUUACAAUGGCCAACUGGAUAUCAUCGUGGCAGCCGUCCUGACAGAGCGCUCCUUAAUGGCCAUGGAAUGGAAGGGAUUACAGGAAUACAAAAAAGCAACAAGAAAGGUUUGGAAGGUCUUCAAAUCUGAUACCGACGUGGCUGGUUAUGUGCGACAAGUGGAUACAUUCCACCAGCACCCCCAGCACCUCCUGUGCACCAACAGGGGGCUCCGCGCCGUGCCCAAGACCAGCUCACUGCCUAGUCCCCAGGACGUGCUCACCUACAGCCUAGGCGGCAACUUCAUCACCAACAUCACCGCCUUCGACUUCCACCGCCUGGGGCAGCUCAGGCGGCUGGACUUGCAGUACAACCAGAUCCGCUCUCUCCACCCCAAGACCUUCGAGAAGCUCUCCCGCCUGGAGGAGCUGUACCUGGGGAACAACCUCUUGCAGGCGUUCGCUCCUGGCACGUUGGCUCCGCUGCGCAAAUUGCGCAUCCUUUACGCCAACGGUAACGAGAUUGGCCGCCUUAGCCGCGGCUCCUUCGAGGGCCUGGAGAGUCUAGUGAAGCUACGGCUCGACGGGAAUGUGCUGGGAGCCCUGCCGGACGCAGUCUUCGCUCCCCUGGGCAACCUGCUCUACCUACAUCUGGAGUCUAACCGGAUCCGCUUUUUGGGCAAGAAUGCCUUCACCCAGCUUAGCAAGCUUCGAUUCCUCAACCUCUCUGCCAACGAGCUGCAGCCCUCCCUGCGCCAUGCAGCCACCUUCAUCCCUCUGCGGUCCCUCUCAACUCUCAUCCUCUCCUCUAACAGCCUGCAGCACCUCGGCCCCCGCAUCUUCCAGCACCUGCCACGCCUUGGCCUGCUCUCCCUCAGCGGCAACCAGCUCACACAGCUCGCACCAGAGGCCUUUUGGGGCCUGGAGGCCCUGCGAGAGCUGCACCUUGAAGGCAACCGGUUGAGCCAGCUUCCCCUAGCACUGCUGGAGCCUCUGCACAGCUUGGAGGCGCUAGAUCUGAGCAGCAAUGAGCUUUCUGCUCUGCAUCCCGCCACCUUUGGCCACCAGGGCCGUCUACGUGAGCUCAGCCUGCGCGAUAACGCUCUCAGAGCCCUUUCUGGAGACAUCUUCGCUGCCAGCCCGGCUCUCUACCGCCUAGAUCUAGACGGCAAUGGUUGGACCUGCGACUGCCGUUUGCGGGGUCUGAAGCGCUGGAUGGGCGACUGGCAUUCUCAGGGGCGCCUUCUUACGGUCUUCGUGCAGUGUCGCCACCCCCCGGCCCUGCGGGGCAAGUACCUGGAUUACCUGGAUGACCAAUUGCUGCAAAAUGGGUCUUGCGUGGACCCCUCACCUUCCCCGACAGCAGGCAGUAGGCAGUGGCCUCUAUCCACAGCUACCGGGGAGGGGAUGACGCCCCCUGCAGGGGGUCUCGCGCAGGAGCUGCCACCGCAGCCCCAACCCCAGCAGCGGGGGAGACUUCUAUCAGGAGUGACCUGGGGCGGUGCUGCCAAGGAGCUCCUGGGCAAUCGCAGCUCACUAAGAUUGAGCCGGAGGGGUCCAGGCCUGCAGCAUCAGGGCCCUUCCACCGCUGCUGCUUCGGGUCCUGCCCCACAGUCCCUGGACCUGCACGAGAAGCUUGAGAGAGGUCGUCCCACCCGUGCCAAUCUUGCUCAAGCGGAGCCCACCUCGACGGCUGAGCCCGCCUCUGGGACACCAUCUGCCAGAGACAGCUGGCAGCGCGCAGCAAGGCAGCGCCUAGCCUCGGAGCAGCAAGAGCGUGCAGCCCUGUCCGACGGUGGGGUGGGUUUGCCACCGCUGGUAUCUGACCCCUGUGACUUCAACAAAUUCAUUCUGUGCAACCUGACGGUGGAGGCGGUGAGCGCCAACAGCGCCUCGGUGCGCUGGGCGGUUCGCGAGCACCGCAGUCCCAGGCCGCAGGGCGGCGCACGCUUCCGCCUGCUCUUCGACCGCUUUGGCCAGCAGCCCAAGUUCCAGCGCUUCGUCUACCUGCCCGAGCGCAGCGACUCGGCUACGCUGCAUGAGCUGCGCGGGGACACUCCUUACCUGGUGUGCGUGGAGGGCGUGCUCGGGGGCCGAGUUUGCCCCGUGGCCCCCCGGGACCACUGUGCAGGCUUGGUAACCCUGCCAGAGGCAGGAGGUCGAGGCGGCGUCGACUACCAGCUCCUGACCUUGGUCUUGCUGGCUGUCAACGCGCUGCUGGUGCUCCUGGCUCUGGCCGCCUGGGGAUCUCGGUGGCUGCGGAGGAAACUGCGAGCCAGGCGGAAGGGAGGGGCCCCGGUCCACGUUCGUCACAUGUACUCCACCCGACGGCCACUGCGGUCCAUGGGCACAGGUGUGUCUGCGGACUUCUCGGGCUUCCAGUCGCACCGGCCCCGCACUACUGUGUGUGCCCUCAGCGAGGCGGACCUCAUUGAGUUUCCCUGUGACCGCUUCAUGGACAGCACUGGUGGUGGGGCUGGUGGCAGCUUGAGGCGGGAGGAUCACCUCUUGCAAAGAUUUGCUGACUAG